AUGGAUGAUGAAGAGAAUCAAGAUAAUCUAAUAAACAGGAACACCUCGCAGGGUAAAAAACCGGCGCCAAGGGAUUCUUGCAUCUAGUGAUGAUGAUGUCGCAGAGUCUGAAGAAUCAGGCAGUGAAAAUGAAGAGGACGUCGACCUUGAUGAAGAGGAUGGUGAAGAGGAGGGGGGAUCUGAUUCAGAAGAAGAAGAUGAUGAUGAAGAGCUGCCUUCAGAAAGCUCAGGACCUGCUCUUUCUGCAACUGAUUUGAAUGAUAUUGUGAGCUCUGAUGAGGAAAGAGAGAACUGUCCCAUCUGCCUGAAUGGCUUCAGAGACCAGGUUGUGGGAACCCCAGAAAACUGCAACCAUUACUUCUGCCUGGACUGCAUCGCAGAGUGGUCUAAGAAUGCCAAUUCCUGCCCUGUGGACAGAAUCACUUUCUCCUGCAUUCAUAUCCGGGCACAUUAUGGUGGUGAGAUCCUGAAAAAGGUCCCUAUACAAAACAAAAAUGCAAUCACAGAGGAGGAAGAGGAUCCAACAAACUGUGAAGUUUGUGGACGCAGUGACCGUGAAGAUAGACUGCUGCUUUGUGAUGGCUGUGAUGCUGGGUAUCACAUGGAAUGUCUGACACCGCCUUUGAAUGCUGUUCCAGUCGAUGAAUGGUUCUGUCCAGAGUGUGCUGCUACUAACCAGCCAGAUGACGAUCAAGUGAGUGAAGAAGAGGUGACCAGCUUGCUUGCCGAUGUGAUUCCCACCACAAGUCGGCUCAGGACCAAUAUUGUAAGGACUCGAGCCAUUGCACGUACCAGGCAGAGUGAGAGGGUUAGGGCCAGUGUCAACAGGAUCCGCACAACAGCACGCAACACACAGAAUGUUCCCAGAUAUUUAUUGUCAUCUCUUCUCGAUGAAACCAUUGAAGCAGUUGUGGCUGGACUGAACACUGCUGUGUACACGCGUAAUCUUACCCCUCGUCCUGCAUCUACCAGAAGAAGGAGGAGAGUCGGUGCGUAUCAGAGAAGGAAACACAAGAAGAUCCAACCAGGACAAUGGGGUUCAUAA